AUGAGCGUGUCGACGUCGUCCACUCUCGUUUUUCCUCGUGCCCGGCAAGCUCAAAUAAUCCGCGCGAACCAAAGGGACUUGUAUCACGUCUCUUCGUUGAAAGAUCAAGCCGAGAGCGUCUUACGCGCAUGGCUAGGGACUCGAUGGCUAAUGCGAUGGGAUAGGGAAUUGGACCUGGUGGUCAAGCUGCUUUAUUACGGGCUCACAACAGGUAGAGCUACUCAGACACUCGGAGAAGAAUACACGGACACAUGGCAGUAUUCUUCAUGGGCUAGAUCAGCGCCUCCCUCUGCAACAUCACGAGCCAUCCUCAUAUUUAUGUCGUUUGCCCCACCCUACUUGCUCGGCAGGUGGGGCCAGAGUGCAACACUAAACCACAGACAUCCGGAGGUUGCAAAAUGGUUUAGAAGAUUACCGACGGCUCUUUCAAUCGUGACAGAAGUUAACUUGGCUGUAUUUUAUUUGCGAGGGACAUAUUAUGACCUUGUCAAACGGCUAAUGGGAAUCCAACAUCUAUCUUCUGUUCCUGAAGACCCUCAUACACGACCUCCUUCAUACUCAUUGCUCGGAAUCAUGAUUGCCGUCCGUCUUCUCCACCGCUUGCAUGUGUUUCUCCGUGAAUACCAGUCGGAGUCCUCCGCUACCAAUAUCUACUUUGCUGGACAGUAA